UGUGAAAAUGGAUAGCAGUGUUUUCUCUCACAAGCUCUUUUUUAUUUAGGUGCAGCAUAGCCAUAAAGCAGCAGCAGUGGAGUGCAGAUGAGAUGCAGAGUAAAAUAGACAGAAAAUCUCAGGACAAAAUCAGCUCUGGUUGCAGUCAACCUUUCAGGCUGCUAAUUAGGAUCCUUUUGUAUGAAAAAGAAAGUUAUCAGUAACUUUUAUCUGAUUUGAGAUGGUCAGAACAUUAAGGUAUGUCAUUGUUUGAAAGACAGCAUACCAAGGUCUCGAUUAGUAAUGGAAUAAUAUCUAGAGGAAAAUACUCACUCUUCCUUUAAACUGGGAACACAGACACACCUAUUCUGCUUGGGCCACUCCCUUUCAUACUGUUCAACCCAGGAAAUAGUCGGAGUGGAGCCACAGAGUGAGCCACCUCUGAAGGCUCUCACUUGUUCCUCCAGCUUGCCAUCCGUUCUCUGCAGGGCUGUAGCUUGGGAGGUGCAGGAACAAAACUGCCUGAGAGCACAAAUGGAACUAGAAAUACAUCAGAGCUCCGCAAACGGCAAAGGGAUGAGUUUCAACUGAUUACAAUAGUUUUAGACGGCAAUCACCUGAUCAAACAUACUGUUCUAAUCUCUUGAAGAUAAUCACUAAAAAUAUAUCUUCCUUAAUCUCCUUUCCUGGAUAAGAGAAAAAGAGAAGGAUUGGAAAGGGCAGUGUGCCGUGAGUAGUAGACUGACUGCGUGCACUACAGGUUUUGCUUUACCAGCUUCUUCUGAAUAGAAAUGCCAUCUUUCCCCAUCUUGAAAAGCUUUGGGAAGCUGUGUGGCUCAGGUGAAGAACUGGUGCUGGAAAAAGUGAAAUUUCAAAAUUCAGUCAGAAGGAUGUCAAUAAUUGAGGAUGGGGAUAUUGCAGAAGUCUUGUAUCUCAUUCCCAAGCAGAGCUUGCUGAAGCAACUGCCCUACCUGAAUCCAGAUGACUACUACUUGUGUGAACAGUUAUAUGACACUCCUGAGCAUCUGGUGGCCCAUCCUCAGGAGCCCCACCACCCCUCUGAAAAGCCAGUCAUCCACUGCCACAAAUGUGGGGAGCCCUGUAAAGGGGAAGUGCUCCGUGUUCAAGCCAGACACUUCCACAUCAAAUGCUUCACCUGCAAAGUGUGUGGCUGUGACCUGGCACAAGGAGGCUUUUUCAUUAAGAAUGGAGAAUAUCUCUGCACCUUGGACUACCAGCGCAUGUACGGCACCCGCUGCAAUGGCUGUGGGGACUUCGUGGAAGGCGAAGUAGUGACAGCUCUGGGAAAAACUUACCAUCCAAGCUGCUUUGCCUGUACUGUCUGCAAGCGUCCAUUCCCACCAGGAGAUCGAGUUACCUUUAAUGGAAGGGACUGUCUCUGUCAGAUGUGUGCUCAGCCGAUGUCCUCCAGCCCAAGAGAACUCUCUGCCUCAAGCAAUUGUGCUGGCUGUGGAAGAGACAUCAAAAAUGGACAAGCAUUGCUAGCCCUGGAUAAGCAGUGGCACCUGGGGUGCUUUAAGUGCAAGGCCUGUGGGAAGGUCCUAACUGGGGAAUACAUCAGCAAAGAUGGUGCUCCUUACUGUGAAAAGGACUACCAAGUUCUUUUUGGAGUCAAGUGUGAAGCAUGUCACCAGUUCAUUACUGGGAAAGUCCUAGAGGCAGGUGACAAGCAUUAUCAUCCAAGCUGUGCACGAUGCAGCAGAUGCAACCAAAUGUUCACAGAAGGAGAAGAAAUGUAUCUGCAAGGUUCCACUGUCUGGCAUCCCGACUGUAAGCAAUCCACUAAGACUGAAGAGAAGCUCCGGCCUACAAGAACAUCAUCAGAAAGCAUUUACUCCAGACCAGGUUCCAGUAUACCUGGCUCUCCAGGCCACACUAUCUAUGCAAAAGUAGACAAUGAAAUCCUUGAUUACAAGGAUUUAGCAGCCAUUCCCAAAGUCAAGGCCAUUUAUGACAUUGAACGUCCAGACCUAAUUACUUAUGAGCCAUUCUACACCUCCGCCUACGAGGACAGACAGGAGAGACAGAGUCUUGGAGAGUCUCCAAGGACAUUAUCACCUACCCCUUCUGCAGAAGGCUACCAGGACGUGCGGGACCGCAUGAUUCACAGGUCUACCAGCCAGGGCUCCAUUAACUCUCCCGUGUACAGUCGGCACAGCUACACCCCCACCAUGUCACGCUCCCCCCAGCACUUCCACAGACCUGGCAAUGAGCCGUCCAGCGGUCGGAACUCCCCUGUCCCCUAUCGGCCUGACAGUCGCCCUCUCACUCCAACUUACGCUCAGGCCCCUAAACAUUUCCAUGUUCCAGAUCAAGGUGUCAACAUUUACAGGAAACCGCCCAUCUACAAACAACACGCUGCCAUGGCAGCACAGAGCAAGUCCUCCGAGGAUAUCAUCAAGUCCUCCAAGUUCCCAGCAGCUCAUGCACCAGCACCCAACGAGAUCCCAAAGAUUGAGACUGACCACUGGCCAGGCCCUCCCUCCCUGGCUGCCAUAGGAGCUGACAUGAGACGCAGAUCAAGUGGAAGGGAGGAAGAUGAUGAGGAGCUGCAGAGACGCCGGCAGCUGCAGGAGGAGCAGCUCAUGAAGCUCAACUCUGGUCUGGGACAGUUAAUAUUGAAGGAGGAGAUGGAAAAGGAGAGUCGCGGUAGGUCAGCCCUUUCUGCCAGUCGUUACGAUUCUCCAGCACAUGCUGCAGCCUCCAAAACCUCUUCUCUCCCUGGGUAUGGAAAAAAUGGACUUCACAGGCCGGUCUCUACAGAUUUUGGUCAGUACAACAGUUAUGGGGAUGUGAGUGGUGCUGUUAGAGAUUUCCAGUCCCUCCCGGAUGGUCAUGUCCCUGGAAUGAGAAUGGACAGAGGAGUAUCUAUGCCUAACAUGUUGGAGCCAAAGAUUUUUCCAUAUGAAAUACUCAUGGUGACCAACAGAGGGCGAAAUAAAAUACUAAAAGAUGUAGACAGAACCAGGCUGGAGCGUCAUUUAGCACCUGAAGUUUUUCAAGAAAUAUUUGGCAUGACGAUACAGGAGUUUGACAAGUUACCUCUCUGGAGACGCAACGACAUGAAGAAAAAAGCAAAACUCUUUUAACCUCCCUUUAAACAAACCAACCACAAAUGAUGCAUAGAAUAUUGUAUCACUCAGUCCAAACAGUUUGGAAGCAACUACUUACCCACCAAAAAGGGAAAAUCAACAUAGUGGCACCUCUGCAGUUGAACAAGAUGAACAUUUGCCCUCCUGGAAUGCAGGGAGAAAAUAUCUGAGCUCAGAAACAGCAAUGAUAGCUUUCAGAGGUGUCAACCUGUUACCUGAUAUUAUACAAGGUAGAAAACUGUUCUGUUCUUCUCCCUCAAUGAUAUUCCCUUUACUUCUCUCCACAAUACGAUGGACUUUAUUGCUAGAGCCAGGAAGUGCCCUUAGGAUGCCUUGCAGACUAAAGUAGUUGUAACCACUCCAAGAACUGGAAGAGAAUAUAUACAUAUAUAAAUAUAUAUAUAUAUAUAUGUAUGCGUGUUUGCCUGUGUGCACACAUGUAUUUAUAUCUCUCCAUCUAUCUCUGUGUGUGUGUAUGUGUGUAUAUAUGUGUGUAUAUAUGGAGAGGGACAUAGGUAGGUCUGUAGUGAAGGAGAAGCCCCUUGUAACUUAUCCACAUGGUCACAUUAAGUCUUUCACCCAACUGUUUCUUACUUGGCACUCUUUUGACACGGUGUCUUCUUCGUGUAACACAGCCUGUGGUGGUGGGCACUCUGCUCACCUGCAGGGCACAUCACUUGGAUUUCUGGAAAAUGGACUCCUUGUAAAUAUUUGCUAGGAUAUAAGAAGUGAAUUGCUGUGUGUGUGUUGUCAGUCUUCCUCUUCCACACUUUCUGCUUGAAUUAAUAAGGCUGGAGCUUAACCAGUCCUUUGAAUAAUUUAAGAUUACUUAAGUAAUGGGAAUGAUGGAGAAGAGUCAGUUUUCUUGUAAUUUACUCCAGGAGGUGGGUGGAUGGGGGUGGGAGUGACAGAGUGAGAAAAUGCUAUUUUAAGUGUGCCCUGGUUUGCAUCCAGAGAUUUCAGGAUGAACUCCCUGCUGGUAAUUCCUAGUACAGCUCAUCAGGCUGCAGUGGAGUUGUAGGAUUUUACAAUGGCAGGGAGGAUGGUUCUCUGCAAGCUAACAUGCAAAUUCAUCCCUCUUAGGGAGGAACGUUUAUGAAUUAAAAGGUACCUUCAAGGUGCCAAGCUCUGCCAAUAGAGGCUUUUUGAUUAAACUGCAGUAGCUGUUGUCAAUAUGGCACAGUGCAUGGGGCCAAGCACUCAUUUUAGUUAAUGUAGGUUUUCACUUGUGCUUGGAAAAGAGGGCACAGACUUUUUUUUUUUUUUUCCUUUCUUUGAAGCAUCAAGCUCCAGCCUUGGUUAUUUUUAUUUCCCUUUGUGCCUGACUUGGUUUUUGAAGACAGAGUAAUCAUGCAAGACAGUUUCUGAGCUGCAUUGAACUCCUUAUUGCUUUCAAUCUUCCAAUAUGCUGCAGCUUGAAAAACUGCCUGUAUAUACCUUAACUGCUUCUGGGCAAGUCCUAUACAGAGGAGGACAUGAGCACCAAAGUAAUUGAAUGGAUGCAUUGUGGCUGCCAGGUCAGCUUUUUCUCUUCCUUGGUGCUUAACUGCCAAUGCAUAACUGCACUAAUGAGCCUCUCUCCUGAUAGGAGAGGGUCAUUUAGGUUCUGUGUCUGUCAAAGAAUAUCAAGGUUUCCUUUUUAAUGCAGACAUUUCAGGCACUGGAGACAUGAGAACCUUUGUAUUUUCUGUUAUAUGAGACAUUGGUGUUAAAAUCUGGAAGUCAGGAAGAGGAAACAGUCCCGUGUAGUUCUGAGAUUCAGUAUCACUGUGUUGAGUUCUCUGUAUCACCAAAUGACAUUUCACCAUGAACUGUGCAGGACAGCCCAAACCCUGCCUCUUCUUGCUGGUUUAGGAAGUCCUGUAGUGACAGAUCACUGUGGUUCCUUUGAUAAAAUCUGAGAUGAAGAUUCAGUAGGGGAGAGACAGAGACCAGGGCUCAGUGCCUGCUCCAUGUCCCAAGAGCUAUGGGAAUGUCUCCAGCUCUGUGGGACAAGCUGGAGGACGUGCCACCAAGGAUCUGGCAUCACCCCCACUGAACAGAAGGCCCUGGGGACACUGUGACACACACACACACACUUGUGAGUGAGCUCUCUGGGUAGCACUGAGGUUGCAGCAGGGAAUCAGGGUAACAUGUUUCACCUCAUUUUUCAGAACAUCUGAAAGGUUUUUAGAGGAGCUCUGAGAAGUAAAUGGGAGUAUCAGGGGCUUGGGCAGGUUGAAAUGCAUUUUUGAUUGAGUUUUAAUGCAUUUAAAUUAUUGAAAUUCUCCACAUUUUGUCAUCCCACAUCCUAUAGACACUCAAACAUUACAGGCAUUACAGGUCUUUUAGUUCAAGUUGCCCUCUUAGACCUGAAGAGUUGCUCUCUCAAGGAUGUGAGCUGCCAGUCUGCAUUUUUCUGUCCUCAUCUCUAGAUUACUACCGAACUUCUCACAGCACAUAUGAACACACUACCCAGUCAUUUCAGAAAUGACUAAGCCAGGUUGUUUUCUUACCUCUCCCUCCUAUGCAAAAAAAAAAAAAAAAAAAAAAAAAAAAAAAAAAAAAAAAACUCAGCCUCUUAGCCUGUGAAGAAUGGCAUGGUAAUUUGGAUCUGCCUCAUCAACUGAGAAUUUAAAACUGCAGCUUAAGUUUGGGAAGGAAUGAAGAGAAGCCAGCUUAGAUGUUGCAGAAACAACUCAUGUCUGACUGGAUUUUUGGGCUGCUGCUGGCUCCCAUCUCACUGGUGUGGAGCAGUCAGUUCACAGCCCUCUACACUAGACUUACUACUGCUUUAUUCCUGACUGAGAAUAUGAAGGGUUUUCUGAGCUUCAGUUUCAUGCUUGCAAUUAAUUCUCAACCACCUACACGCAGACACACCCAAGAGAUCAUCUGUCCACAAAAACCCACACUGCAGCCAGCCAUAGGGGAGGGAGGAUUUCUGCAGUGGGCUCUUAGUGAUUGUCACUGCAAUAUUUUCUGUUCCUUCAUCUGCUCUUCCCACCUAAGAAAAACAAAAUAUAGCCCCAGGGGGAAUUUUCUUUGUAAGCAAUUAAUCAUUCUCCUGGUAUCCAUUGAGUAGCAAUUCUUAGUAAUUCCCCUCGAUGAAAUUCCCUUGUGACACGUCAGGAGUUGGACUAGAUGAUCUUUAAAGGUCCCUUCCAACCCAAAUCAUUCUGUGAUUCUAUGAAUAUGCCUUAAGUACAUGCAUGUGUUCUAACUCCUGCAAAGCUUCUGAUAAAGUCCCAUCCCAUCAAUGUCGUUACCAAGAGGACUAAAAACUGAUUGCUUUUGUCUUUUUUUUUUCUCCUUUUCUGCUUUAGGAGUGAUGUAAGAGCAAGGCCCAGUCAAAGCAUUGCAGAAUAACCCCACGUGUACACGUGGGAUUCAGUACACAGGGGAUUAUGUCCAGGUGCAGAUCCUUGAGCACAGGUGCACGUGUGGCACACACCCUCCCAUUUGGAGCUCAUUAGAUGUGGGUUGUGGUGUGCUGUGGCUGUACUGCAGUGUGCUGUGAAAGGCUAGGCUGGGAGAACUCAGUAAUUUUAUGUGGGAUAAGACAUCUCUGUGGCUCCAGUAGUGUUUUUGCUUCUGUCAAGAGAGGUGUCAUCUCUCCUUACAAUGUCUGAGUCUGUGGGUCAGGCUCUGAAGUGAUUGCUGCCCUUUUCCUGUUGCAGUUGGGAAAUCCUUUCUCAGCCAUGUAGUUCAGGUGUCCUGCUGUUCAAGGGAGUUCAUCAGCAGCCUCUUUUGUAAAAGUUACUACACUGAAGUAGGGCAGGUUUUGAAGUGAAUCCCUUUCCACAAUCCCUGUGUCUCCUGGCAGGGUAGUAUGGAUGGACAGAGAAGGGUUAAGGUAUGGGAAGGAGGAGGGCUGGCAUAAACUUGAUUUCUCCAGGGCUUGCCAGGGUGAUGCUUGGCAGGAUUAGAGGAAAACAUUGCCAUGAGCCUGUAGUACCUGUUUCAAACUGUGGGGAAGUCAAGUUUGGAGUUCAUAGCAUGUAAGCACCCACACUGAAAUUAAUGGUAUGAAGCAGUUAGAACAAGCAACAGGAGAAUUAAGCCUCAGAAUGAUAAAAAUAUGAACAACAUCUAAAAACUCUUCUGGCAAUGAUUUAUCUUGGCUCCUCCUGACUUAGGAGGAGAUGUUGGCAUAUUUGGACCAUAGCCUCUUAGGACAGACAAAUGAAAACCAGCCUUUCUCUCACUCCAUGAUUCAUUGCUUUCCUCUGGAAUGUGUUUGUGAAGGAGGAUGUCCACAUCCUGAAGGUUACCUACAGCAGUGAGGAACACCAGUCAGUGAUAAUGACGAUGCAAUAAAACACUUGCAGGAAACAAGAAUUAGACUAAUUUAAUCUGUCCAAAAUGCCACUCAUCUUUCCAUGCCAGAGGGAUGCUUAGGGUUUGUCUCCAUUGCCCCCUUCCCCAUUCAGUUCUCCCCAGGUCACAGUCUGGUUUGUGCCCUGUCCAGCUUUGUGGCCCUGUCAACACACCCACUAGAGUCCAGCAUAGCCUUCAGGGUAGAUGCUUAGUAAGGGCUGGUCUUGACAAUAUGUGGUACAUUUUUACCCCACUGCUGCGAAAUGAAGAGCUGGAGAGAGCUCCUGAGCACUGUGACAGUAGCACAAUGCACCUUUUUCCCUUAGUGUAGAAACACUCCUGUCACUGUGGGCUGCAGCAUUGCUCUGGGUGGUGAGUUUUGCCUUGUGAUUUCUUCCACACACCUUUCUUGUCCUUAAUAAAAUAAGAAGCAACAACAAAAUAAUCCAUCACAAUGCAAAGAUAUACCGAGUUUUCAGUCAGAGAACUCUGCUGGCAGGAGCUAUGUGGUGCCCACAUUUGGCAGAAGUGUUACUAAUUUUAAUGUAAGCAUCAGUGCAGGAAGUGGGAAUGUAAUUGGCCAUUAAUGUUGUUUGCCUGUAUGCAAAAUAAAUUAUUUGUUGCCCAAAGGGCUUCUAACAGGGAAAUAGAUUUCUGCUAAUGAGUUGCUCAAAAAUGCUCGUCUUUGUGAAGAGGUAAUACUUCCAUUUGUACUGUGGUCCUUCCAUUGAGGUAAAAAAGAGAUGAUGGAAGGCAAAGAGUGACCUGUUCUGCCAGGAUCACCACAGUCAGUACAAGUGUUGCUGCCAGGACUAGCAGGGCUGAGGCCCACAGGACCUUGCUCCUGGGCAUUAGGAAAUGCAGCAUUUCAGCAGCAGAAGCAGCUUUGGGAAUCCCAGCUGUGCCUUACCAGGCUGAGUCUCUAGCUCCCUUAGGAUGCUUUGACAGGUCCCACUGGACACUUGCCUGGGCUUUUGUCACUGAACACCUUCAGAAUGCACUUCCCCCCAGAUGCAAACCCACUGGCAGCAGUGGAGCCUCUCACUGGCACUGUGCCCCUGGAGCCAGGGAAGCCUCUGGCUGCUGUGUGUGCCCACAGUGAGGAGUUUGGUGUGUCACUCCCAGGGCAGCCCUGUCCAAGCAGAGUGAGGCUUGGUCGUUGUGAACAACUCUUCCUGUAAGGGGGCCUUACAGCUGGGGGCUUUUUUUUAAGCUUUGGAAACUGAAACUAAUUUUUUAAAGGUAUAAUUUCCUUUAAAUCAGUAGAUUUUGGCAAUAGGAUUUUUUUAUUAUUUUAUUUUUCUUUUCUCCUCCCUCCACAUCUUACAAACCAGCGUUUUGGGGAGGUGUCCCUGUGUUUUCCAUUCACCUGUCUCUUUUUCUGAGUCUCUAAAAGUGAAUCAAUGUCUUGUCUGUACAGUAAGUCUGCUUGUAUGCAUAAUGAGAAGUUGAGCUGGGUUGCUGUUCUGUACAAUUAGUGUUUCCACUGUCAUACUGCAAACAGCACAUAUUGCACUCCUGUGCCACUGUAAUCUGCAUCACUGUUGUACUCAAGUCAAUGAAUAAAGUUUGGAGCUUUAUUCUUAA